CGUUUACGCGACACGACGCGACUGCAAGUUUAAUUGAUUACAUCCGCUCUCGGGGAUCUGGGUACCUGGGAUUUCAAUCCUUCCCACACAGCAACUAACAAAACUCACUCUCAGGAUGACCAUGACACAGAACAUCGUGGACUCAAAGCCUUCAAACGGCUCAAAGUCGAUCAACCACGAAGAGCAUCAGUAUCUAGAUCUUGUCCGAGAGAUCCUUGAAAGUGGCGAGCGUCGACCAGACCGCACCGGCACUGGCACAUACUCCAUUUUCGCUCCUCGGCCCCUAAAAUUCUCAUUGAAUAAGAACGGAAUCCCCAUUCUCCCUCUCCUUACUACCAAGCGUGUCUUCACCCGAGCAGUCAUUGCCGAGCUCUUGUGGUUCAUCGAAGGCAACACUUCUUCUAAUAGCCUCAGCGAAGCUGGCAUCAAGAUCUGGGAUGGCAAUGGCUCUCGCGAAUUUCUCGACAACCUCGGCCUCAAUCAUCGUGAGGUUGGCGAUCUCGGCCCCGUAUAUGGCUUCCAAUGGCGACACUUUGGCGCCGAGUAUGUUGAUGCAAAGACGGAUUACACAGGUCAAGGUGUAGACCAGCUUGCCGAGAUCAUUCACAAACUACGAACUAAUCCUUACGACCGCCGCUUGGUUCUUUCUGCCUGGAACCCCGCCGAUAUGAAGAAGAUGGUUCUGCCACCUUGCCACAUGUUUGCGCAGUUCUACGUAUCCUAUCCUCGGAGCAAGCGUGACGACUCGGAAGCUAAGCCCCAGGGUCAUCUUCAUUGUCAGCUAUACCAAAGGUCUUGCGAUAUGGGUCUAGGCGUCCCGUUCAACAUCGCCAGCUACGCGCUGUUAACACACAUGCUUGCCCAUGUUUGUGAACUGGUUCCUGGAAGCCUUACUCAUGUCAUGGGUGACGCUCAUGUGUACCUCGACCACGUUGAUGCCCUCAACACUCAAUUAGAGCGUGAGCCACGGGAUUUCCCCGAGUUGGAAAUCUCUCGAGAAAAGGGCGGAAGUAUUGACGGAUGGAAAGCGGAAGAUUUCACCAUUAAGGGCUACGACCCUCAUAAGACAAUUGCGAUGAAAAUGUCUGUAUGAUUUGUGUAUAAUGUACGGCGCUGUGAUUAUUGAGAGCUUGGAAUAGAUGGCGUUGUUAUAGAGUUUAAUAACGAGGGGCCCCUGUUCGAUCCCGCGUGGGUAUUUAUGCUUAUUGAGAUUGAAUAUUGAUUCGUACAAAAACCCG